AAGGCAAUACCCUUCUGUCUGACAGUUCUGCUGCUCGUUCCAUGAUUUUUCCUUCGCCUCAGCGCCUUUACUCAACCCAGCGCAGAGGGCAUACGAGAGAAGAAAAAAAAGCCAAACUUUCCGCACUACACAAGUCAAGUAAUGGCGAAUGUCGAUCGAGACAACAUGCUAAACGAAGAACAAGAAUCGUCUCAGUCGAAUAGUUCCAACGGAUCCGAGGCCAUCCUACACCACCAUCAACAGCAGUCUCUGUCUGGUGGGGGUUUCCAGUUGAAGUCGAGCAUUCUUCGUCAACCAGCGACUUUCGGUUCUGGACCUGGUGCCGGAGGAGGGCUUGGUGGAUUGUUUGGCAGCUGCUCUUCGUCUACGGGACCGAUCAAUAGUUUUAAUCUAAAACCGAGUGUACUCAAACCGUCACACUUUGGUGGGUUCGGAGGCUUCGGGGGAGAGAAAAAGAAUGCCGAGAAUAGUCAAAACAGUGACAAUACUGUUGCGUUGAAUCCUUUCCUUAAAACACAAAUCAGCGAAGAAGAGCCAGAAGCGAAAACGCAAAACGACGAUAAAGAUAAAGAAGAUACUGCCGAUCCACUGUCAAAGCUAAACCGCGCAACAUUGCCGAAGUCUAAUCUUUUUGCGAACGUGAAAUCUAUCAGCGAAAACACGGGAUUUGUGUUCGGGCAAAAUGUUCACGAAAGAGUUACCGGAGAGAGUGUCCAGACAGACGGUUCGAAUCCUACGGCCGGGCUGUCCUUUUCGAGCACCGUUACCAACAACAGUAACGAUUCGAAUUCAUCCAAUCCGGCCGGGGUGGUCGGAGGUAAUGCUGCGGCCGGCAAUGCCACCUCCGGGAGCAGACUUGAUGGAUCUAAUGACGAAAGCCUGGAGGAAGCCGCCCGCCGAUAUGAGGAAAGUAGAGGUGCCCUGAAGCGAAAGUUUGACGAGGUGGAAACCAUAACCGGAGAGGAAGAUGAACGGAAUGUGGUCGAGAUCAACUGCAAACUGUUUGCAUUCGCCAAAAGCAACUGGGAGGAGAGAGGGCAUGGCACACUGCGGCUGAACGACAAAGACAGCAAAGAGUCGCGAGUCGUCUUUCGACAGUCCGGUAAUCUUCGUGUGCUUAUCAAUACUAAGGUUUGGGGUGGAAUGACUGCCGAUCAGUCCAGCCAGAAGAGCUUGCGCCUAACCGCCAUGGAUACUAAUGGCCAAGUGAAGGUGUUUCUCAUAAUGUCCCGACCGGAUAUAAUCACUAAAUUGCACAAAGAGCUCACCAAGCGCAUUCAGACGGCUAAGGAGCUAGCCACGGAAAUUGAUCACGAGGAUGGCAAGGAAAAUAAUGUGGAAAAUGUUGCCACCGGCAAACCGAAUGACGAUGAGCCGCUGGACACGCCAACGAAGGACGAAACGGGCAAUGAAGAGCCAAGUCCAAAGAAGCGCCUCAGCUCGUCGUCCUAGAUUUUCUCUGAAAUCUUCAACUUCUCUCCCUAUCUUUGUCUUAGCCCUCGCUGGCACUGGUGUAGAAACAAAAUCUCGAAUGGCUAAGCCGGAGAGCCGUUUUUCCAGUCUGUACUCUUGAUUGCAAAAUUUCCCGUUCGGUUUUUGUCUCCGAUAGGUGUUGUUAUUUUAGAUAUUGAAUAGUUCCGUAACGAAAUCCAUUUGGGAGAUGACACCAGAUCAAAAGCAAUUGGAAGAAAUCACACCUCAUUCACCGUAAAAUCAAUCAGCGUCUUCUAAUGAAGAGCAGUUGAAUGUUAAUCCACACAUAAAACAAAAUAUGUACUAUCGCAAAAAUGAUUCAAAUAAAAUGUGCUGCAUUAUGUACUGAAACUCAUUUCACUGAAAAAUACAGUUUCAAAAAUA